UGGCUGUUGUUGCCACCUCCACUGCGACCUAGCCCGGGGAAGGAAGCGAGCGCUCGGAUCCAGGGAAGAUGCAGAACUCGUUGAGGCCCGAGGGCUUCGGGGGGCUUCAGCUCCUGGUCUGCUUUCUUCUGCUUUACAGUCGCCCAGGCAGCUGCAGCGACAUAAAUACCCACGAUGGUCAGGGCCAAGUAGCAACGGAGCAGUUCUGGUCGUUCCAAGAAUUUGCUGCUUCAGUCUCCUGGUACUUACGACUUAUCCUCCAGCAUCUCAUCCCAGAAGACCUGUUCUGGGUGGAUGAAAUAGCCGAAGAAGUACUGACCAAGAAGGUGGAGCACCUCAACAGACUCCACCUCCAACAUAGGAUGUGCCGGAAGGAUGCCAAGGCAGUUUCUCCCACUGCAGCCACUGCGGUGAGGUGUAAACAAGAAGAGAAACUUGGACUCUUAUACCCCAAGAGUCCAACAGUCAAGGUGAGCAAGGACCGAUGCUUUGUCCCCAAAGUAGUUCCAAAGGCUCCAAAGCAAGAAGCAACUCACCCCACCAAGGGCUUCUUUGGGCCAUACCCCACUGUGGGUCUCAACCUUGUUGCUGACUGAGAUCUCGUUGUAUAAAGUCCCUUUCCCCAAGACCCUCCUCAUUGCCCCCAAAGGGGCAAUUCUUGGAUGACCCAAAUAAGGAUAAUUAAAGUUGACUUUUAUGCAAACA